AUGCUAGAUUUCAUGGACUAUAUCCAGCUCUCUUUCGCCGAGGCGACCCACUGGAAUCGCGACAACUCAUACUCAUCCCUCACAACCACUGCUCAAUCGAUCCUAGAUUUUCAAACGCCUGAGCGAUUGCGCGUUCAUCUUUCAUCACUUUCCACUCCUCAUUUUGCGACCAGUUACACGCUCGGCACUGUUGGACUGCUCGAUGGAUCUGUAUCAUAUCUCUUUAGCACCGUCCCUUUCAACAACCUUCCCAGCCGAAGUGCCUUGAUACCGCUUCGCAAAAUCUCCCCGGGAUAUCGACAAGUACAGCCCCCCACGGCCCCCAUUCAAACCUGGGGCUGGGACUCGCUAUUAGAUGGCGUGAGUAUUCCUGGACUCAAGGAUGGGAAGAGUUCAGAACAACCACCCGUCAAAGAUGGAGACAUCAGCCAAGAAGAUCAGGCAAAGCGUAAAGCUACUCUUCUUCAUGCCUCUCUUCAUCUUCCACCACCUACCACUCUCUAUGCGCUCUUCCUGCGCAGGAUCUCGACAAACAUGCAACUAUCACUAGCUGUCUGUUCAACCCAGGGACCACCGCAAUCUAAGUCCGCACCACAGGCCUCAAUGCUCACCCAACUCUCUCAUGACACGGGCAAGUACAGCAACGAGUAUCUGUUCAGCACGGACAACGCUCUCUUCGGCUGGCGUGGACUAUGGAACUUCGGCCCAGAUCCUCGUUACACUCGCAGCGAUGCACCACCACGCUUAUCCCUCCUUUCUGCGGGUGCAGAGGCAUACUACUCCCCAAUAUCAUCACUCAUUGGCAUGUCUACGGGUCUGCGGUUCAGCACAUUACCAGCAGCAACAGAAACCCCCUCGCCACGAUCGCGCUCAUCACUCUCCAGUAUCCCAACACCAAUAUCUACAUUCCCAUACACCCUCACCCUAACACUCACCCCCAUUACGGGUUCCCUAUCGACAAGCUAUUCGCUCCGGGCCACGCCAAACCUAGCAUUCAGUUCCCGCUUCGGCUUCAACGUCUAUAGCUGGGAAAGUGAAAUGGUGGCGGGCUGUGAGCUCUGGCGCCAAAGCAAAAGCAAAUCCAAUUCCGAUGACGAUCUCGAAUGGGCCCGGCGCAAAAUGCGCAUGUAUGAUUUCGGCGCUUCCCUGCCUGGCUCACCGGCAUCCCCGCUUCUAGAGGACCCGGCUCGCUCCGAGCCAUCUAUGCGCUCUGCGACUAAUAGCGAGCCUGAGACGAGCGAUUCUGUCAUCAAGCUCCGUGUUGACCAAUCUUGGAACGUGAGACUUCUAUGGGAAGGCCGUGUCAAGGAGCUGUUGGUGAGUGCGGGCGUUGGGCUGGGACCGGGUUCGUUCUCACAGUCGCCUUCUCUCUCUUCGGCUUCGGGGAGCGGCUCGGCCCAGAGUGGAGGCGGGGCUCCUACGUCGUGCUGGCGCGGGGUUGGUGUGUCGGUCUUGUACUCCUCGUAG